GAGUGAAAAACACGCGCACAACGAAAAAUCCGCAAGUGGAAAAAACUGCUACGGAAAAAGCAACCCUGAAAGCGAGCAGUGUUGCAAGGCGCCGCAGCCAAACAGCUGAUUGUUUUUGGAGGGAAACUGCAUUCGGUGAAAAAUCGUGGCCAGUUGUAAUCCGAGCAGUCCGCUGCCACGACGUGGUGACCCGAAAAUUAAGUGACCCAGACUAGUGAUUAAUAACCCAUACGUGUGCUUAUUACACAGCAAGAGGGAGAAGCAAUAAUUUCACACCCCUGCAGUUGCAAUUAGGAAUAAAUAAACACAAACAAAAUGGCCCAGCCAUCGGUAGCUGCAUUCUUCACCAACCGCAAACGCGCCGCCUUGGACGAUGCCACCAGCUUGAAGAACCGGCGUCUGGCGGAACCCGCGGAGACAAUCGCCCCCGCCCCCUCACAGCUGCCGGCGGGCGGCCAGGAUGCGGAGACCACGGAUAUGGAUAACCUAAAGGCCAUGGCCAGCGGCGUGCGCACCCGAUCCGGACGCACUGCCGCCCGCCUGAUUGUGACCGCCGCCCAGGAGAGCGGCAAGAAGAAGACUCCGGCCCCCGUCAAGCAGCCCAAGCUGGUGCAGUUCAUCAAGAAGGGCACCCUGUCGCCCCGCAAACAGGCCCAGUCCAGCAAGCUGGACGAGGAGGAGCUGCAGCAGCAGCAGCAGCUAUCGGAGCAAACACCCAAGCUAAACUUCACCAUUACCAGCCAGCAGAAUGCAGACAAUGUGCAGCGCGGCCUGCGUACGCCCACCAAGCAGAUCCUCAAGGACGCCUCGCCCAUCAAGGCGGGCGGCGUGGAUCUGCGACGCCAGCUAACCUUCGACGAGGUGAAAACGAAGGUGUCGCGCAGCGCCAAGCUGCAGGAACUGAAGGCGGUGCUGGCCAGGAAGGCUGCCUUGGAGCAGAAGCGCAAGGAGCAGGAGGAGCGCAAUAGGAAGCUCCGGGAGGCCGGCCCCUCGCCCUCCAAGAACAAGAUGAGCGUGCAGCUCAAGGAGUUCGACACCAUCGAACUGGAGGUGCUGACAAGUCCCUUGAAGACCUUUAAGACGCCCACAAAACUGCCGCCACCCACACCGGACAAACAUGAGCUCAUGUCGCCGCGCCACACGGACGUCUCGAAGCGCCUGCUCUUCAGUCCGGCCAAGAAUGGAUCUCCGGUCAAGUUGGUCGAGGUUCCGGCCUACAAGCGCUACGCCAGUUUGGUGGAGAGCAGCCGUGCCGGCCAGCUCCCGUUACCGUACAAGUACCGUCACUUGCUGGACGUCUUCAAGGGCCUCGACUCCGUGGUGGCCAUGUUCCACAAUCGCAAGGAGACCAUCACCUACAAGAAGCUGAAGCCCGCAGUGCAACGCAUGCUGCGCAAGAACUUCACGGAAACGCACUUGGCCCAGAUCAGGCACAUCUAUCCGGAGGCCUUUAUCUUCAGCCAGAUGAAGAUGCGCAACUUUGGCUCCGUGUCCAAGGCGGACUACUUCCAGCUGAUCAUCAGCCCCAAUGUGGAGCCCCUGCCCGAGCAGCAGCAGUUGGAGAAGCCGCAGCGCAAGAUCGACGAGGACGAUGUGCUCGCGUCGGCCCAGUCGACGUCCAUGAAUCCACACGUCAUGACGGCGCGCAUGCAGCGCUUCCAGAGCCUUCUACUCGAUCGGGUGAUGCGGGCGCACGACCAAUUCCUGCGCUCCCAGGACCCACCGAUCAUCAUCGAGAAGGCGCUGACCCGCUGGCAUCCGCAGUUCGAUCUGGAGAGCUGCCCCGAGGUGGAGCUGGCCCCGCUGCCCCAGCCGCCGAAUGUGGAGAAGUACUCCUCGGCCAAGGAUAUUCUCUCCACGGCUCGAAAUCUCUUCAACUGCGCCACGCCCAUGGAGCGGGCAAUGGAUCGCUAUGAGGCCAAGUUGGAGGCGGACAAGCAGUCUGCGGCUACAGGCAGUAAAAAGGCAGAGGAGGAGCAGCAGCCACCAGGAGAGGAAAGCAAGAAAAGCACGGGAACGCAGGCAAAGGAGGAGAUGCCUGGCAUAACAAGAUUACCAGAGAUUGCCACUGCCAAGCCGACGGUGAAGGAGUGCACCGCUCCACCGGAUGCCAGUUCCAAUCUACUGAAGGGCCUGCCCAAGUCGCUGAUCGAGAAAAUCCGCGCCAAGCAGGCGGCCAAGGCCUUGGAGGCGAUGACCCGGCGACCCUCGCAGGACCAGGAGGCCACCAAGUACUCACGCCUGCCCGAGUUGGCCAGACACCUGCGCAACGUCUUUGUCACCGAGCGCAAGGGCGUGCUCACCCUGGAAGUGAUCAUCAAGAAGAUCCAGAACAGCUUCCGGGCCAACCUCACGCCGCAGGAUAUCGAGGCCCAUCUGAAGCUGCUCGCCAAGGAGCUGCCCAGCUGGGCAUCCUUCCACGAGGUGCGCAAGACCAUGUACCUCAAGGUCGCCAAGGAUAUGGACAUGAACAAGAUCAUCGAGAAGCUGGAGAGCGUGGCGAACGCCAAGAGCAAUUGAACCAGGAGGACGCGGGACCCCGUCGAGCAAUGACCCUGUGGCUACAUCCAGACAUAUCUUUAAGUACUUGUUUAACUAGCUAGCCAAUAUAUUAAAAAAAAAGAAAAACAAAAGGAUUAGGCUAAGCUCCUUGUGUUCCAACCCUUCUGACAUUUCUACACCGACCAAACACCUUGACAACCAGAAUUGGAUUCAUCACAUUUACCCACGCAAUCAUUAUUACUAUACUCUUUGGACCAAGCGUUUAUACAUUCAUAUUUAGUAGGCCUAAGAUCAUUUUUCAUGUUGUACCACGUUGAAUAAAUAAAUAUUUUUGCUGGAAAU